CGAGACAAAGUAGUCAGUCCAGUCGCUCUCACUAUGCCACUGAAAAGUCACUUUUUUCCGGACCGGACUAGAAACAGAGAGUCUCUCUUGGCGAGCCCCGGUGUUCGGCGACCUGCGCCACCAGCCGGCCACCGCCACGGCGAGGGCUUCGUUGCACGGAUCCGCGAUCCAGGGAGUAGGCGAUGCAACUAGGAGGAGGGGAAGAAGGCUGCAAGGAUCCGCGCAACCCGCCGGCGACCGGCCACCAAGUCCGCGGCAGGGCCGCUCCAUCUCCAUCCCAUUCGUCGCCGCCGUUCCCCUCCACCGAGCCAUCGUCGUCCGAGGAACAUGAGGACGAGCAACCGCAGCAGCCCGCGGCGAGCCUGCCGGAGGACGCCCUGGUCGAGAUCCUGUCCCGGGUGCCCUACAGGUCGCUCCGCCGCUUCAGUUGCGUGUCCAAGCCGUGGCUUGCCCUCUGCUCCGAUCCCAAGAUCCGCAGGAGGUGCCCGCAGACCCUCUCCGGCUUCUUCUACUCUGGCCUCCGUGACAUCAAGUUCCACAAUUUGCUCGCGGGAGGUGCUCCCCCUAUGCUCGAUCCCUCCAUGCCUUUCCUGCGCGAGAGCUACAUGCUCGUCAUACUCGUACAAUGCUGCAACAGCCUUCUCCUCUGCCAGUGCUUGAAAUGGACUCCAGGGGGAGGAUGCAGCAUCAAUUACGUCGUCUGCAACCCCGCCACAGAGAAGUGGGAUGUAAUACCUCCUAUAGCAUUGCCGGGCCGAGAGGAACGCCCACUUGAUUAUGUGGAGAUGACCAUUGUCUAUUUAGGUUUUGACGCGGCCGUUCCGUCCCGCUUUGUGCUGUUUGUGCCCCAUAGCGGCCAUUGCGACGAAACUACAGAGGUUGCCAUCUACUCAUCGCAAACUGGAAGAUGGACUUCCGUGCAGAAUGAGUGGGGCGACCAAGCUAUUCUGCAUCCGAGUCGGGAAUGCGUCUUCGUGAAUGGGACUAUGCAUAUCACUACCCUUUAUUCCUCAGUAGCCACAGUCGACGCCGGAAAAAAAUUGGAAAAAAAUCCUAUGAGACCGGGUCUAAUACCCAGCAUGAUAGACCCACCCUGAUGGAUGACACCUGGCUUAUCCGAAUCUUCAUGCACGUAAAUCACCAUUAAUUUCAAUCCCGAUUUUUCAGCCUUUGUUUCCAUCUGCUAAUCCCGAUUUUUCAAUCUAACUAGCAUACGUUGUCAUUGCGUGUUUUUUAAAUUCAGACCUGGCGGAAUAUUAAACUGCCAUAUGUAAAAAGCAUUCAUCCUUUUGCUGUUCCUGAUUCCACUGGUCACUCUCAGGGACGGUUCUAUGCGUGGCAGAUAGAUAAUGAUGGUGACUGUCAACUCUAUGUUUGGGUUCUUGAGGAUUACGACAGCGGGAAGUGGACCUUGAAGCACACCGUGGACGUUCUGGAACUGUUUGGAAGGCAUCACCGCGAAGAUGCCGAGUCCUAUAACAUGUUUGCAAUUCACCCGGAACGUAAUUUGAUUUUCCUUGCUGAUGGGAAAGAGAUGGCGGUGUCAUAUGAUAUGGAUGACCGCAAAGUGAAUGUUAUCUGCACUUCUGGAGAAUUCGUGCAAUUUGGUGGUCUACCUUAUACUCCUUGUUUUGCGGAAUGACCAUCAGAUGCUCACUAAGAGUCUGCAGCUUCACAAUCUAGCACGGCAACAAGAAUCGGUGGCCGCUAUAUAUGAACCUAUUAUUCUUCUAAUUUAUGGCACUGGCUUGGAAAUGUCGAAUCUCUUUUCUCUGCAGUUUGCUGUUCCUGUAUGUUGUUGUCCAUGUGCAUGCCUGUUUGGGCUUUGAACAAUGUUUGUUAGUCAAGACUUUCUAAGGGUAAUGCUUAGUUGUGUCAGUGAAUCUAGUCAUUUAAUCUGCUUGCUGUCAUGUAGUACUACAUAUUGUGCCCGCUUGUUAGCUCUUGAUGUUGCCCUGUUCUUACUUCA